AUGCCCAGGAAGAAGGCGGCGGCGGCGGCGGAGGAGCCGAGCUCGGGCAACGGCACGGCGCGCGCGGGCCCCAGGAAGCGCGGCGGGCCGGCGGGCCGGAAGCGCGAGCGGCCCGAGCGCUGCAGCAGCAGCAGCGGCGGCGGCAGCAGCGGCGACGAGGACGGCCUGGAGCUCGACGGGGCCGCGGCCGGCGUGGGGGGCAAGCGGGCGGCGCGGCCGGCCGCGGCGGCGUCGGCCAAGGCGGGCGGCGCGGCCGUCAUCAUCACCGAGCCCGAGCACACGAAGGAGCGCGUCAAACUUGAAGGGUCCAAGUGCAAAGGGCAGCUUUUGAUUUUUGGGGCAACCAACUGGGACUUGAUUGGUCGAAAAGAAGUGCCUAAACAACAAGCUGCUUAUCGCAAUCUCGGUCAGAAUUUGUGGGGGCCCCACAGGUAUGGAUGUCUGUCAGGGGUCCGGGUGCGGACGGUGGUGUCAGGUUCCUGUGCUGCCCACAGCCUCCUCAUUACCACGGAAGGGAAGCUGUGGAGCUGGGGUCGCAAUGAGAAGGGGCAACUGGGACAUGGGGACACCAAGAGAGUGGAAGCUCCCAAACUUAUCGAGAGUCUCAGCCACGAGGUGAUUGUGUCUGCGGCGUGUGGACGCAACCACACUCUGGCCUUGACAGAAACAGGCUCCGUGUUUGCCUUCGGAGAGAACAAGAUGGGGCAGUUGGGUCUUGGCAACCAGACUGAUGCUGUGCCCAGCCCCGCACAGAUAAUGUACAACGGCCAGCCAAUUACCAAAAUGGCUUGUGGGGCUGAAUUCAGUAUGAUAAUGGACUGCAAAGGAAACCUCUAUUCCUUUGGGUGCCCUGAAUACGGUCAACUGGGACACAAUUCAGAUGGAAAGUUCAUUGCCCGAGCACAGAGGAUAGAGUACGACUGUGAGCUGGUGCCUCGGCGUGUGGCCAUCUUCAUCGAGAAAACAAAGGAUGGACAGAUCCUGCCAGUCCCAAAUGUGGUUGUACGAGAUGUGGCUUGUGGUGCCAAUCACACGCUGGUUUUGGACUCUCAGAAGCGCGUCUUCUCCUGGGGUUUUGGUGGCUACGGUCGCCUGGGCCAUGCCGAGCAGAAGGAUGAGAUGGUCCCCCGCCUGGUCAAGCUCUUCGACUUCCCAGGGCGCGGGGCGUCCCAGAUCUAUGCUGGUUACACCUGUUCCUUUGCCGUCAGUGAAGUGGGUGGUUUGUUUUUCUGGGGGGCCACCAACACGUCUCGUGAGUCUACUAUGUACCCAAAGGCUGUGCAGGACCUCUGUGGCUGGAGAAUCCGAAGCCUCGCUUGUGGGAAGAGCAGCAUCAUCGUAGCUGCGGAUGAGAGCACCAUCAGCUGGGGCCCGUCACCAACCUUCGGGGAACUGGGUUAUGGGGAUCAUAAGCCCAAGUCUUCCACUGCAGCUCAAGAGGUGAAGACCCUGGAUGGUGUUUUCACAGAACAGGUUGCCAUGGGCUACUCACAUUCCUUGGUGAUUGCAAGAGAUGAGAGUGAGACCGAGAAAGAGAAGAUCAAGAAACUGCCAGAGUAUAACCCCCGAACCCUCUGAUUGUCCCCCUGGGGACUUCUCCCCCUCCACACCUCUGCGGCAGCUGUCAUUCCCACUUGCACUGGGACAGAAAGUCGAACGAAGAAUUUUAAAAAGCAAA